CUGUUGCUGCGCGUGGGAGGAAAUCUGCAGCUUUGCUCACACUGGACUCGCAUCACGGGCGGAAAUUCACCAAAGUUUCCUCUCAUCCUGCAGCUGCAGAACCAGAACCAGAAGCUGGACCUGGACCUGGACCUGGUUCGGUACUGAGGUUUUUUCCCCGCCUCGCUCUCUGUCGUGCCUGCAGAGUCCGGUGCGCUUUACGCUCAGCGCGGAGGAGACGCGGCGCGUUCAGGUCCGCAUGUUGAGGUUCUGAAUGGCUCAAUGUGAAGAGCACCACAGCAUCAUACUGCCAUCACCAGGUCACCUGCUCCACAGAGUCACGUAAAUAAACGACAUCAUUGGUGUUUCCAUGGAAACACUGGCCUCUAUGUGGGAACAUGAGCAUGACCCCGCUGACCUCUGUGACCUCGAUGAGAGCAGAAACAUGCUGUCGUCUUUGUGGGAAUCCCAGUGUGCUUUCACUCCCCCUGCUGGUCAGAUGUGGACACAGCAGCUCUCUCCUCACCUCCAGAGGAACAAACUGCUGCAGGACGCGCUGCUGCAGAGGGAGGAGGAGCUGGCCAGGCUGCAGGAGGAGAACAACAAACUCAGAGGAUUCCUCAGUUCCUCUUUUGUGACAAACCUGCAGGAAAAAGCGAAGAAACUGACAGCAGACAGGAGGAGUCUGAAGAGAAACCAGAGCAGCUUCGAUCAUGAACCCUCCGAGGUCAGAGGUCGUCCGUUCGCCAAGCAGGUCACCAAGAGAGUCUGCAGAAACCUGACUGCUGAGUUCUGCUCCGAGUCCUCUGCCGGGUCAGCCUCUCCAGAACCAAACCUGGAUCUCUGGGUGCUGCGAAUGUUGGGCCUGAAGGACCAGAACACCAUCGAUACGUCCAGCGAAUCAGAGUCCAGCUUAAGGGGUCUGGUGUUCGGCGACGCCUUCGGUUCACCGGUGUCCACAUCAUCCUCCGUACACAGCUACCGCCAAACCGCCGCAGGGGAGACGGACCACCCGUCCUCUGAAGGCGCCUUUCCUGCCAGGCCGGCACCAACCUGCUCUGAACCCGUAGGAACGUCGCCUGGCUCUGCGCUGACGGAGAUCUGCUCCACCAGAGGCGUCCAGCCGCUGGAGUCCAGCUGGACUCCAACCGAGCCACUCUGCUUCACCUCCAGGUCGUCUUCCUGCGCUGGGCUAAACAAAUCUCAGGCGCCCUCUGGUGGCUGCAGCGCUACGUCAUCGCAGCCGCUUCACAAACCGACAGAUUUGGCUUUCAGCAUGUCCCUCAGUCCGUCCAGCAGCGUGAAGACACACAGCUUCCCCCAGGGACAGGCCUUCAUCCGGAAGGACACGGGGGGCCGGUGGAACUUCACCUGGGUUCCCCGACAGGAACCGUAACCGACCCAAAGGAACCGGAACCGGAACCCACCCAAAGGAUUCGGAACCGACCCAAAAGAACUGGAACCCACCCACAGGAACCGGAACCGAUCCAAAGUUUCCCCCGGCAGGAAGAGACGCCUGCUGUCUUUCAAGUUACUCAGUUAAAACCCAACAGCAAUAAUUUGGAUUAUUUAGUUUUUACAAGAGUAAAAAAUGGGGAUUCAUUUUUCAAAGUCUGGUUUCCACCGUGGUAAUCAAUUUAUAAAUGUCAGAUUCAAACAAAAAUAUUUAACAAUUUAAUUAGCUCCAAUGUUUAGAAACUAAAUAUUUAGUCCUGACCCAAAUAUUUAGUGAGCAAACAAACUAUUUAGCUCAGAACUAAGUAUUUAGCUCUUAGAUUAACAUUUAGUUACCUCAGAGUUAGCUAAAAAUGUCAUUUAUAAACUUGCUCACUUCAGAGUUAAAUGUUUAGCAAAUGUGCAAAUUCAAUUCCAGAUAAGUGGAAGUAGACUAUCAAAAUAAAAGUUGGGUCUUCAGAAAUUUGGUUUGCACCAAAUAUACCUUACUGGCUAAAUAUUUAGCUUGCAAAUUUUUUUUUCUUGUAACAAGAUAUUUGGCUUGCUAACUAAAUAUUUAGUUAACGGUGACAUUUAUAAAUUUAUGAAUAAAAUGGUGAAAAUAUGACUUUGUAAAAUUACCCCCCUCCUGCCUAAAUACCUGAAAUUAUUUUUUACAGUGUAGCUUUACAAAAGGUGCUCCAUACUGUUCUAACUGGUUUCUUUUUUUAAACGUUGAUCUUUUCUGGUGACUGAAUGUUUAAUGGAAUUUAUAUCCUGCUUAGUAAACUUUUAUUUGACCAAAAAUCAAAACAAAAAUCCAACCAGAUCCUGAGAUGAGACUUCAGAUACUGAAACAAACCUGAACACAAUCCUUUCAGCGUUUUCAGAGAAGAACUACAAAUCCCACUGACCGUCCAAACUGUGACCAAUGUUUCCUCUGCCGUUGGUGAAAAACCAACUUAUGACCCGUUUAACUUCUAAAAUGAACAAAACUGCCUGAAAUUUAGUCUUAAUGUUGAGAUGUUUAUUUAUUUAACUUGGUAAACUGCCAGUUUGAUAAACCAAUGAGCCGAAACAUGGUGACCACCAGCAGAGAGAGAACAAGGAUAACUGCACCAAGAAUCCCUGAACGGGUCGGUUCGGUUCGGUUCGGUUCGGUUCGGUUUGGCAGAUCCUGGACUUUCGUUUUCAGGGGAGCUUUGAUUCUCACUGCAUUAACCCCCAACAUAAACACCACACUAGAUAUGCUAACUAAAUAUUUAGUCUGCAAGUUAAAUAUUUAGAUUUGGAGCUACAUAUUUAGUUAGUAAGCAAAGUAUUUAGGUAGUUAACUAAAUAUUUAGUCUGAAAGUUAACCAGGAGGCUUGUAAAAGAGACCUUGGUCUCAUUAGGUUUUUAUCUGAUUAAAUAAAGGUUAAUAAAAAAUAAUAAGAAAAUAUUUGGCUCCAAACUAAAUAUUUAGUUAGCGAGCUAAAUGUUAGAUCCAUGCUUGUUUUGUAGCUUGAUAACUAAAUAUAUAGCUUACUGUUGAUAUCUUUACUUUUAGAGCUAAAUAUUUGGUUAGCAAGCAAAAUGUGUAGUUUGAUAACUGAAUAUAUAGAAUGGAAGUUAUAUAUUUAGCUUUAAGCUAAAGAUUUAGUUAGCCAGAUAAAAUCAGCAAGGAGCUAAAUAUUUAGCUCUGUGUUAAAUCUUUUGCUUGCUAACUAAAUCGUUCAUUUAGGAGCUAAAUUAGCAAGCUAAAUAUGUAAUUAAUAUUUUAAAUAUUUAGUUUUGUGCUAAAUAUUUAGUUAGCAAGAAAAUUAUUAAGUCUGCUAACUAGAUAUACAGUUUGCUAAUGGAACUGGAACCUUCUAAUUAUAUGAAAUAUAUGAUGAAGGUAUGACUUUGAAAAAUGAACCCCCAUUGUUUAGUUUUCUUGCAAACUAAAAAACUAAUUUAUUGCUGUUAAUUUUUGACAGUGUAACAAGUCUCACUAGACUUGUCUUGGGACUUGUUACACUUAAAACACAUAAUUAUAAUCUAAUUAAAUUAAUUAAAUCUAAUUAAAUGUUCCAAGGCUAAAAAAAUCAUCCAGCAGAAUAUUUUGGUUGGUGGUCAUUAAGUCUUGGCUUGUUGGUACCAAAAAUCAGAUCCUGUCCUAAAAAACAAGCAACAAUUUUACGACUGUAGGAGAAACUGAGAUCAGUUAAUAUUAAAACAUGAAACUGCCUAUGAAGCAAAAACUGUUUUCAUAAAAACAACAGAAAUAAAAUAUUUAUAGCAUUUAAAAACAGGCUGAAAUCUAAAAAACAUUACAUUUUAGCACCACAUUACAAAAGAUUGUCCAGUUUUAUCAAACAGAUUUAGAACAAGUUUAACUAACAUUUCCUACCAGCUAAAGUCACAAUAACUGUCAUUAGAUAAUAAAAACAGUUUACAAUUGGUUUACUUUUUUUUAGAAACGUGGAUGAAAUAAAUCAAGAAUGAAUCAUUUUCAGAUCUUAUAUUUUGCAUUAGCUGCUAGAAGUGAAACAUGUUUAAUCUUCUUAUAUCUAUUCAUUCAGUGAGAUAAUGAGCCAUAAAUGCUAACCAUGCUAACCAGAACAGCCAAUGAAAUUAGUUCCUGAUCUGUGAUGUUUUCUUGCUAAUAUGCUUUAAACACUGCAUGUCAUAUUAUCUGUACUGUUUUUAUACAUGAGUUUUGAUUUAACUGAAAAAAUAAAAUGUGUU